AUGUAUUUUAUCAACAGGAUUGGACAAAAUGUAAUAUUUAGAAAUAAUUGUAAUAAAAGUUUUUAUUCAACAAAAAACAUUUUAUAUAAUAGUAAUGUUAGAUUAAAUAGAAAUAAAUCUUUGUUAAUGUAUACAGCUUCAAUAUUAAUGUUCGGGUUAGGUUUAACAUAUGCAGCAGUUCCUUUAUAUCGUAAAUUUUGUCAAACAACAGGAUUUGGAGGCACGCCGAUUAUACUCAACAACAAUAACGACAACACUGAUAGAUUGAUACCAGACAAAUCAUCCAGAAGACUGAAGAUAAAAUUUAAUUCAGAUACUUCAAUGUCUCUGCCCUGGAGUUUUCAUCCUCAACAACGUGAAUUAAAAGUUUUGCCUGGUGAAUCAGCUCUUGCUUUUUACACAGCAGAAAAUAAAACUAGUCAAGACAUUAUUGGAAUUGCAACUUAUAAUGUCACACCAGCAAAGGUUGCUCAAUAUUUUAAUAAAAUUCAGUGUUUUUGUUUCGAAGAACAAAAAUUAGAAGCAAAUGAAAAAGUCGAUAUGCCUGUAUUCUUUUUCAUUGAUCCCGAAUUUUCAAGUGAUCCUUUGAUGAAUGAUGUUGAUACAAUUACUUUAUCCUAUACAUUCUUUAAGAUAUCAGAUGAAGGCGGUGGCAUUCCAAGAAGUAGUAUUCCUUUAGUUUGGACCUAUAUGUACACGACAGCACAAGCAAAAGCGUUAGAUCCAGAUUUUAAUCAAAAGGAAUUUAGAGCACCAAUGGCCGGAUAUGGUUAUGGAUUACCAAUUAGCAGACUGUAUGCAAGAUAUUUUGGUGGUGAUUUAAAGCUGAUUUCAAUGGAAGGGUUUGGAACAGAUGUUUAUCUUCAUUUGAAUCGACUUUCAAAUAGUGAUGAACCUCUUCAAUAA